AUAACAUAUUGAUUCAAUAUUUUACCAUUGUAACCUUGAACUUGACUAACGUAUUCCCUAUUUCUGGGGAGUGUCUGCAAUCUUGUAUUAGUAACUGUUAAUUGUACGUUUUGUAUAAUUUUUAUUAGCAAUUAUGGAUCCUACGAUCUUCCCUGACGAAAUUUGGAUAAAAAUUUUAUUAUACUGUGAUGUACCUGACAUUAUUGAAAUACCAUUUACAAAUUACUUACAAAAAUUACUCAUGUUUUUUUUUAGGAAAAUGAAGUGGCUACAAUUAAUUUCAAAAGUACACUUUAGAUUUCCAGAUAUAAAGUGUCUACAACUACUUAGUGUCAGCUUUAAAGCAAUGUGUUAUAGAUUAUACAUGGUAAUUACAUUAGGGGAAAAUGUUCAUUUCCCAAAAUGCCGCCAUUGCACUGGUUACACAUGCCAAAGAAAUUGUGUUGAAGGUUCUAAAGCGAAAGUAGUAAUUGAAAUUGGAAAUAAGUAUACAUGGGUUAUUUCCCCACACUGUGAAUUAAGACGGCAUUUUUCCAUAUUUGGUGUACCUAAAUACAAUAAUGAAACGUACUUGGAACAGACACAGAGACAAAAUAGUCCAAGUAGUAGUACGCAUCCAAAAUGUGAUGCUAAAUUAUUAAAUAAGAAAUUAAAACUGUUGAAAUUAUCUGAAUUGGAAACUACUAAAAUUACAAGACCCAGCGGCCCGUUUUGUGUUUUCUGUAAUCCUGUGAAAUUGUAUAGAGAGAAGAAAAGAUUAAUUACUCAUCAAAAUGAUCCAACAUGUUAUGCAAGGCCGAAUCCAACUUAUGAGAAACUUAUAAAUGGGUAUUGUACUGAUACUGUCGAAGUACUUGGAAUUCCAAAUGUUGAUCUCAUCAGUCCGGCAGAGGCAUUAUUAAGUGAUGGAACAUUCCCUGUUCUUAAAACAUUUGUUGAUCAUUUAUUUCAUCAAAUGAGAUUAACGUCGACAUUAAGAAAACCGAAUUCAGUGCUCAUUUUCUGUGAACCAUUGGCUAUGCAUCCAACACUCAGAAAACAAUUGUUGCAUUAUUUAUUCCAAGAAAUUAAAAUAUCAAGAAUAUGUCUGGUUCCUAAACCGUUAGCAGCAUGUGCAAUGCUAGACGUGGAAACUUGUGUCGUCGUUGACAGUGGUGCUUUAAGUACGACAGUAGCAGUUGUAAUUGGUGGACGUGUUAUACCACAGCGUUGGAGAUUGUUACCUGUUGGUGGUUGGCACGUGGCUUAUCACUUGAAGCAAGCUAUGCGUUGGUGCCUAAAAGAAUGUUACCAUAUUCCUAUAUCAUACUUGGAUACAUUGCCCAUUAAAGAGAAAUGUAGAUUAACUUAUAACAUUAAAAAUGAAGCAAGAAGAAAUAGGGAAUCUAUUAAAGUUAAAGUAAAGAACUAUGCUGAUAAANAAUUUUUAGAGGUUUCAUUAGGCUCAGAAUUAUAUAUUGCUCCUGAAAUGAUGUAUGUGCGCCUUGGUUUACCGAAAGUAAUCAAGGAUAUAACAUCUGGUUUAUCUGAAGAGAUACAACACGAUUGCCUUUCACACAUAUUACUUACCGGUGGUAACACGCAUCUCUCAGGUUUUGAAUUAAGGUUAACUAAAGACUUACAAGAAUUACUACCAGAAUAUAGCGAAAUACUGGACGUGAAAAGCUGUCCUGGCACUCAUAGUUGGAAUGUUGCAUUAGGUUCUACGUAUGUGCCUUUAGCUGUACAUCCAGAUAAAACACCACCAGAAUAUGUAGAAGGUAAUCCAUUCUGGUUAUCAAGAGAGGAAUAUGUUUUAUUUGGAUGUGAAUCGUUGAAGCAAUAAACAUAAUAAGUGAUAUAUUAGAAUGUCAAUACCUCACUUAUUAUGUAAGUGCAAAAAUUUUGCAUCUGUAAAAAUGUUGAGAAAGUGAGAGACAACUUUCAAGAAUUGCCUUUAAAUUACAUACAAGAUAUGAUUAUAGAUAUUUGAAGAAUCAUUCCAUGAUAAUUGAGUAGUAAUGACGCUCCUGUGGCCCAUAUUAUUCAACAAAGAGGUGCAAAAUAUAAUCUCUCUGAAUUUCUAUCGAAUGAAUAGUCAGGAAUGUGCAUCUCCGCGCCCAUGUUGCGAUAUUUACUCAUUAGGUACACUUUUUUAAUCACAUAAUCUUUACUCUAUAAUUUCUAGAACAAAUAUUAGAGAGCUAUUAAUAUACAAGAAAAUUCAACUGCAGCUAUAACAAAUGAUACCCUUUUUAAAAAUGUGACCAAAAAAGAGAUAUGGUUUGUUACAGCUUGUUGACCCAUGUGUCACUAUAUGCGUAAUUACCUCUUUCGUAGUACCCUUUCAGAUUUCCCUUUGAUAUUUUCAAUUCAAUUAAAACCUCAACUAAUUUACUCAAGAUCUUUUAAUUGGCUAGAGUAAAUAUGUUUCUAUAUUGUAGAAAUCAUUCACUACUAUCUGAGUUCCCCACUUACAUUUGAAGUCACGUAGAUCGAACGUUAUGGAUUCCGUCCAUUUCAGGUUUUUAAUUCUAGU